AGUGUUCUCGUUUAGAGUGUUUACCACACACACAGCUUGCACGCACUCCGCGGUUCUGAAUAAACAGAAAUAACACCUCCGAGUCAGGUAUGAUGUACCGUAGUCAACUAAACCUAACCUGCGUGGAUAAAAGAAACGAUUUGUUCGUCAUUAUUUGUGUAAAAAUGUAACCCGUCACAGUUUUGUUUGAGUUUUAGAAUUAAGAAACUGUCGCUUUAGUCCGGAAUUUUUGGAACACUGGCUUCAUCAGUUCCUCAUUAUCGUAUGUGUAUAAACAAACAAAAAAAAACUUUCUGAAAUUCUGUUUUGGCAAUAUCUUCACGCUUUAUCUGAUUUAAAAAUAUCGAUUGCGAAGGAAGUCUUGUGAACAAUUGGCUGCUUAAAGCCGUGAGUUGUUUAUGUCUUUUUAAGCAAAACAUCCAGGAGAUUUUUUUCUUUCUCAACAGAGAAAUAAAAAUCAUUACGUGUUGACGUAAGGAAACAAAGAUGGCUGCCAAAGCUGUAGAAAGAUGUAAAUCUCCCGAAGAGGCUCAGCUGCUGAGUCCAAAGCCAAAGGAGAAUACCGAGCAAUUGACGAUUGAAGUCAGGUACGAGGGGCCAAGAAUUUGCACUUCGAACCGACUAAAACCGAAAACAGCCGAAGCUCCCGAAGUUCUUGACGAAACUCACAACCACUUAAACGGAGAUCAGCUAGGAUCUGUGACUACAGAAAGACAGUUAGUAAAGAACAUUGUAAUCUUGGGGAUAGCUUUCGCUUGUGUGUUUAGCUCAUUUUCAGCGUUACAAAGCCUUCAGAGCUCACUGUUUCAACAAAGUGCGCUAGGCCUAAAAGCAUUGUGUUGUGUUUACGGCCUAACAGUUAUUUCAACAUUAUAUGCCCCGAUUUUUGUGCACAAAGUGACUCCCAACUGGGCCAUCACGCUCUCUUUCGUCAUGGUGGCGCUGUUCACUUCCACUUUCUUUUAUCCUCGAUUCUACACUCUUGUUCCCAGUGCUGUUCUAGUAGGACUGACUUUUGGACCUCUUUUCAGCGCCCAAACAUCAUUUCUCAUGCACUUGGUAUCCAAGAUCACGUGUUUGACAGAAGAAAUCCGUGAGAAAGUCCAGCAACGCUUUUUGCGGCUUUUUUACCUUUUGUAUAACCUCAGUCGCAUUAUAGGGAACUUAUUGACAGCUCUGGUUCUACGGUACUCAGGUGACGUCUAUGUCUACAUGACAAAGAAACUUCACCAUUAUGACCACACCCCAUCAAUGACAGUCAGCUACCAGCUACACGAUACUCAGAUGUCUGUUUCCUUGUCAAGAGAUGUCACGGGGCCAUCUUUUUGCCGUAACGUUGAAUGUCAAACUGGUGAAGUUUUAAGAAGUACACCAAACUUCAUUUUUCUUCUCCCAUCAAAUACCAGUUUCGUGCUUGUCAGUAUUUACUUAGGCUUAGUCCUUACAGGAGUUGCCCUGGUGGCGACCAUGUUGGAUAAGUUUGAAGUCUAUGUUUAUCAGGAUCCUCUAGAGAGGUCACUGUGGUCAAGAGCUCUUAGAAAAAUGGCCGUAUUGUUGUUUGACCCUAAUCAACCUUUGCUGCUUCCACUGGUAUUUUUUAUCGGAAUGGAGCAAGGAUUCAUAUAUGCUACUUUUACACAGGUAUUCAUUGAUAAUAUCGGUGUAGAUAUUCAUUAA